CCUUUCCUCCUUUUUUUGACACACGUCGUAGAUCUAGCCUACCGUUGCAUGAGACACACACUUCACGGUCACACACACUGCUGAACCAAAAAAAGCACACUCCUCAACUCCACCGGUGGGGGGGACAUAUAUACCAGAUGAGAUUUGUUUCCAAACGCGCACCGAUGGCGGUGUGAGGCGUUUGGCUGAGAAGUACGCACGGCGCUGUGGAUUUGUGGAUCCUUUUUCUUGUGCAUUUUAUCCCUGUCUGGAUCCUGGUUUAGGGGAAAUGGGCAAAGCUAUGGAUUACUCAGUCUGCCUACUUUUACUCCUGUCAACCAUUUCGUCUGUGUCGACCGGAUUUCCAACAGCGAAGAUGAUAAAGGAAUGGGUGGAUCAGAUGCAAAAAGACUUGAUCACAUUAACAGACACAGCCAGUGGCAUGGAAAACCUAGUACAGAUAUAUAAAAAUCAUCGAAGUCACUUCAGCGUGGAGUCCAACAAUCCAAGGGAACUGGUGUCAACGGCUGCAGGAAACAUAGAGAAACUGCUGGCAAACCGCUCCCAAGCCCUAAAGAGGCUGGCCUCAGAAGCAGAAAAGUUUCAAAUGGAGCACGUGUGGAGGGACGACAGUGAGUCCGACAAAAUUGUUUACUACAACUCCAAAGAUGACCUAAAUCAGACUGAGAAGAAGAACCGAUAUGUUCCAGAUGAUUUCCAAGUUGACCCUGACUUCAAACGACUUGUCUCCUACAACACCACCGCUGUCCAUAUCCCCACGGAUAUAUAUGAAGGCUCUACCAUCAUUUUGAAUGAGCUAAAUUGGACAGAGGCCUUGGAGGAUGUUUUUCGGAAAAACAAAGAGGAAGAUCCCUCAAUCCUCUGGCAGGUGUUUGGCUCUGCUACAGGAUUGGCUCGAUACUACCCAGCAUCACCUUGGAUGGACUUGAGCAACUCAGCCAGUAAGAUCGACCUCUACGAUGUGCGCAGACGACCGUGGUACAUUCAGGGGGCGGCGUCACCCAAGGACAUGCUGAUCCUGGUGGAUGCGAGUGGCAGCGUAUCGGGUCUCACCCUCAAACUCAUCCGAACGUCCGUCAGCAAGAUGCUGGAGACCCUCUCUGACGAUGACUACGUGAACGUGGUCUAUUUUAAUGAAAAGGCCAACCACGCAGCAUGCUUUGAGAACCUGGUGCAGGCCAACGUGAGGAACAAGAGGAUUCUGAAAGAUGCUGUGCAGAACAUCUCCGCUAAGGGCAUUACCAACUACAGAGGCGGCUUUGAGCUGGCCUUCAUGCAGCUCGCACAGAUGAACGUGUCAAGGGCCAACUGUAACAAGAUUAUCAUGCUCUUUACUGAUGGAGGAGAGGAGAGGGCAGAGGAGAUCUUUAAACAAUACAACCCCAAACAAGCGGUGCGCAUCUUUACAUUUUCUGUUGGUCAACACAACUAUGACAAAGGACCAAUACAGUGGAUGGCCUGUGCUAAUAAAGGAUACUACUAUGAGAUCCCAUCUAUUGGUGCCAUCAGGCUAAACACUCAGGAGUACUUGGAUGUUUUGGGCAGGCCCAUGGUUAAAGCUGACAAAAAGGCCAAGCAGGUUCAGUGGACCAACGUCUAUCUGGACGCCCUGGAGCUUGGACUGGUGAUCACUGGAACUCUGCCUGUCUUCAACAAGACCAACACUGGCUUAAAGAAAUCUCAAAACCAGCUCAUCUUGGGCGUGAUGGCUAUUGAUGUCUCCCUGGAAGAUAUCAAGAGACUCACGCCGCGGUUUACUUUUGGACCAAAUGGCUACUAUUUUGCCAUUGACCCCAAUGGAUAUGUGCUGCUCCACCCUAAUCUCCAGCCACUGACUGCCAAGUUUCAGGAACCUGUAACGCUGGACUUCCUUGACGCAGAGAUGGAGAAUGAGAUGAAAGUGGAGAUGAGAAAAAAAAUGAUUGAUGGUGAAAAAGGGGAUUACAUAAUACCUACAUUAGUAAAAUCCCAAGAUGAGCGCUACAUGGACCAAGGUCAGAGGACCUACACCUAUGCACCAGUAAAGGGGUCAGAUUACAGCCUGGCCCUCGUCCUUCCUGACUACAGUAUGCAUUACAUCCGGGCCACAAUUGGCGACACAAUCACCCAGGCAAAAUCGUUUUUGGGGAAAGAUGUUUCUGAAAGCCUGCUGGCAGACAAGUUUGAUGAAUAUGGCUACACAUUCAUUGCGCCAAGGGCGUACUGUAAGGACUUAAAGCCACCUAGCAAGAAUGAAAACAACACCGAGUUCCUCAUGGAGUUCAACAAUUACAUUGAUACGAAGACUCCAAACAACCCAAUGUGUAAUGUGGAGCUGGUAAACCGAUUGCUCUUGGAUGCAGGCAUCACCUCAGAUCUGAUCAAGAUUUGGAAAGAAAAUGAUAUGCAGCAUGGUGUCUCGGCCAGAUUUGUUGCCACCGAUGGAGGGAUUACACGGGUCUACCCCAAAAGUGCUGGGCAGUACUGGAAAGGAGAAGCAGAGACAUAUGAGUCAAGUUUCUACAAGAGAAGUUUGGACAAUGAUCUGUACAUCUUCACUCCAACACGAUACCGUCCUAACACAAGUGACGAUUCAAUCCUAGUGAGCAGAGCAGUAGAACUAAAAAUUGAUGAUAUCGUACUUAAACCAGCUGUGGUCGGCGUGACAUUGGACAUCAGUGCCUGGAUGGCGAGCUUCAUCAACACCACACAAAGGAUGAAUUGCAUUGAUGAGAUCUGUGGCUGUCAGCGAAAUGAUGCGGAAGUAGACUGUGUCAUUCUGGAUGACGGGGGCUUCCUGGUGAUGUCCAAUAGAGAUGAAUAUAUUGAUCAGAUCGGGCGUUUCUUCGGUGUUAUCGACCCCAUCCUGAUGAUAAACCUGGUCAACUCCUCCCUGUUCACCUUUAAGAAGACCUACGACUACCAGUCGCUCUGUUACCCCAAGACAGAGAGCAAGGCGGCAGCAGGCCUGCGAUCCGUCUAUGUGCCCACAAUUGCAGAUAUUUUGAAUUUAGGAUGGUGGGCAACAGCUGCAGCCUGGUCAAUACUCCAACAGUUACUGGUCAGCAUCACAUUCCCUAAUGUCAUGGACGCAGCCGAAAUGGAUGAUGAAUUGGCAGACGCCAUGAGUAAAGAGGUCUGCAUCAACGAGCAAACUCAAUACUUCUUUGAGACCAAGAACAUGUCUUUCAAAGGCACAGUCGACUGUGAAAACUGCUCCAGGCUCUACCAUGCUGAAAAGCUGCCCAAGACGAACCUGGUCUUUAUCAUUGCUGAUGCAAAACUCACCUGCUCAUCCUGUGACACCAAGCCAUUAACACAGGAUGAACAGCAAACUGAUGGUCCUGAUCCCUGUAAAGUGGCUCAAAAUCCUCGGUACAGGAAAGGCCCUUCAGUCUGUUUUGAUAAUAAUGAACACGAGGAGGACCCUGACUGUGGCGGGGCGUCCGGACUGAGUCCCUCACUUUGGUUAAUGAUGGCCCUUCAGCUGGUGCUGCUCUGGGUUCUGAAUGGCUCCAGACAUCACGCCAUCCCAUCAUGACCUCUGAACAAUCCUGAUCACACCCUCUCUCUCUUUCACCCUCCCUCUUUAUCUCCAACAUGGCAACCAGCAUGCAAUGCUGCCACCGAAAUGAUGAACGCCUGAUGAGAAGUGCUUGUAUCAAACAAACAAAAACCCUAUGAGCCCAAAUCCUGCCAGUUCCUUCUUUUGAUACUUUCUUUUUCAGGGGUUUCUCAAAAUGAUUUUACCAGGUGCAAAGGUACAAGUGAUGAAAGAAAUGUGUAACAGAACCCAACCUACAACUAUCCUUCAUCCCUUCACUGGUCCCUGCCAGAGGAAUCCAGAGAUUAUGAUUGGCGACUUCUGAACUUUCUCUGGCUUGAUGUCACUGAUGAAAGAGAUCAGACUGCCUUAUAGUAUCAGAGGGAUUUAAAUCACGAUGGGGGGGACUUUAUGUUUAUUGAAGAUGUUGAGCAGUUUUAUUCACUACUGCCAGAAACAACGCUGCUCUCUGCAAGUGUACAAUUUAUUUUGAAUUUCAAUUUGCAGUGGUUUGUUAUUAGGUAUUUAUUGUUUUGUGGUCAAGAAUUCAGCUAAGAUUGCAGUAAGAGAUGCCAAAUUGUUCCACCACAAACUCUUGCCCUUCAUUUGCCUCCAUUGGGUUGCUGAUACUAAUGUUGUCUCAGCCGGAUUUUUAGAUAUCACUUCCCAGAACGUUUUCACAGUGUCUCUGAGGGUUUGCAAGAUGCAUCGUUUUUACUUUCACUGCGGUGUUCUUUCAUGUAGAUACUGUAUUUGCAGUGUGGAAAUCAUGUUCAUUGUUAUGUUUAUGCACAGAAACCAACUCUUCAACUGCCACAGAGCGCCUGCUUCUGAGUGUAAGGAUUUCAACUUUGUAGCUGAUCAUCUAACCAUCAGCCCUGAUCAGGAGUGGUAAAUGUUAUCUGGUUUUCCCACCUUGGUGAUGGAUCGCUCCAAUGAAAACUUUGUUGCCAUAGCACGCAUUGACCAAUCAGGAUGAGCCUGGCUGAUACCCUAUGUGUGCUCAGUGCACAAAAUGUCUAGUGCCAUGUGGACUGCGUGACUCUGCUGAACCCUUUAGCUUUGUAGAAUGUGGCUACUGAAUUGAAAGAAGUGGUAGUAUUUAUUUAUUUUACAAUCUAUUGGUUAUUUGAAAGAAGCGUCAGGACAGCAUGCUACUGUUUGUUUUAUUGCCACUACUAAAGAAAAUGAACGGGAGACAUGAAAAUUUGUAUCUGACAUUUUGGUCAACAAGAAAAAGGAAAACGAUACAUUUGUAUUCACUGCUGUCACUUUUUAAAUUAAAUGACUACUGUCUGCACUGUGAUUCAAAGUGCAAACGUUUAA